AUGGCACGGAUACUAUCCAUCCACGCGAAGAUCAUGCUUUUCAAACUACUGGCAUUAAUUAUUUUACAAGGUGUGUUGACGUGCGAUGCCCUGGUGAAACCGGAGGGCAUCAGCUCCGGAGGUGUCCCGCACUCCCGCACGGUGUCCGGCGGCUCCGGGAAAUCCGAGGCUUCGGUGCCCAAGUCCAGAGCUAAGCGCUGCACCUGCUACUCCUACAGGGAUAAAGAGUGCGUGUACUACUGCCACCUGGAUAUCAUCUGGAUCAACACCCCCGAACGCACUGUACCCUAUGGAAUGUCGAGCUACCAAGGCGCUCAGAGAAUCAAACGGGCAGUUGUUGGACGACCAACAGAACAUCAGCGGGCAAAGACUCAGCGGUGCUUCUGUGUGCUGGACGCAGACCCAAAGUGCCAGGAUUUCUGUCUGUGA